AUGAAAUCCUCGCCUAUUUUGUCGGUCGUCUUGACCAUUGCUCAGGUGGCAUCCUCGUACCCUGACAUGGCCAACACCCUCGCAGAAAUUGAGAAGCGUAAAGCAAACAGGUCGACAUCCUUAAUCGGUGACUUGGAAUUUCUAGCGGAUAGAGACCUCACUAAAACAGGAAGCCUCAUUAAGAAUAUCCUCAUCGGUAAAGGUGAUCCACAAGACCUGUCGUCCGCUUACAGUUCUCUACCAGCCAAAGACUCGGAAGCAUGCAAGAAAGAUCCCUGCUGUAUAUGGAAGUACAUUGCCGACGACAUGCGGGGAGCCAUGGUUGAAGGAAAAGAAUGCAAUGCCAUUGCUCGCGGUGCUAUUCGUCUCGGAUUUCACGACGCAGGGAGCUGGUCCAAGAAGACUGGCAAAACCGGCGGCGCCGACGGAUCCAUCCUUUUGGCGAACGAGUGCGAAGACAGGACUGAAAACGAGGGCCUCCGAGGAUUUUGUCCCCAGAUGAGGAAGUGGUUCGACAAGUACAAGUCCUAUGGUGUCAGUAUGGCAGACCUCAUUCAGUUUGGGGCCACGGUUGGAACGGUCGUGUGCCCAGUUGGACCGAGAAUCCGGACGUUCGUGGGACGAAAGGACAAUAAGGAGGCGGCGCCAAGGGGAAAUUUACCGGGUGCCUUUGAUGAUGCCGAUACGCUGAUUAAGCUGUUUGAAGAUAAAACAAUCAGUCCGGCCGGGCUUGUGGCUCUUCUCGGUGCGCAUACAGUGAGUCGGCAGAGGACAGCGUUUCCAGAGAGAUUAGAAGCGCCCCAAGACAGCACUCCGGGGACGUGGGAUACCAGGUAUUUCAGGGAGACUAUUGACAGCAAUAGCCCGAAGGAGGUAUUGAAGCUGGAUAGCGAUGUGAACAUUGCGACGGACUCCCGGACAAAGGCACUGUGGAAAUCAUAUGGCCAGUUUCUCUUUGGGCAAAUGACUUGGAACCAGGCAUGCCUUCUCCAGCCUUUAGACGACUAUGCGAGAGAAUAUAUCCGCAUGAGUUUGCUUGGUGUAUACAAUAUCAACGACCUGACGGAAUGUACCAAGGCUCUGCCAAAGUUUACGGGAAACUAG